GCAUGCGUCAUGCCCAUUAGCAGGGACUCUCUUGCGCUCGUCAACCGCGCACGGUUAUCCGGGGCCAAGCUGUCAUCGACGUCCCAUCCUUUUCCAGCCGAGGACCGUGUAUUUUAUAGCGGUAGACUGCGGGGGCCUCGGUGAUCCUCUCGGCACAAGAUACGUCCCCCCGUUUGUUUGUUUGUUUGUUUUCCCAAAGCGGAGAAAAAGCUUUUAGACAUCUCUGCAAUUGACAAAAAGGCGCAAGAUGAAGCUGGGUUGGAUGUGGUGUGUGCUGCUCCUGUCCUUGCUGGCUGUGGCAGCUGUGGAGCCCCAGGAGAAGCAGUUUGAGGUUGAUAUUUCAGACAUCGAUGAAGAUAUGGGGUUAGACGAGGAGGAAUUAAAGGUUCUGAUGGCAGAUGAGGAGGAGGAGGAGGCGGCGGCAGCGGAGGAGGAGGAGGAGGAGGAGGAGGAGGAGGAGGAGGAGGAGGCGGCGGCGGCGGAGGCGGCGACAGUGAUGGAUGAAGACCACUCGGAUGAGACAGACGGCACAGCAAGCGGGAGGGCUGGAAUGGAUGCAAAUGUCUCCUUCCAGGUAACAUACAAGACUCCUGUCCCCACUGGAGAGGUCUACUUUGCAGAGACAUUUGAUGAUGGCUCACUGGAAAGUUGGCAGCUGUCAAAGACAGUGAAGGGGGAUGCAGAUGAUGACAUCGCCAAAUAUGACGGGAAGUGGGCUGUGGAGCAGCUGAAGGAGAACAAAGUUCCAGGAGACCGGGGUUUGGUGCUCAAGUCCCGGGCCAAACACCACGCUAUCUCCGCAAUGCUGAACAAACCCUUUGUCUUCCAGGAUGAAACUCUGGUCGUACAGUAUGAGGUGAAUUUCCAGGAUGGUAUUGACUGUGGUGGAGCAUACAUCAAACUGCUUUCAGACACUGGCAAUCUAAAUCUGGAGCAAUUCCAUGACCGUACACCGUACACCCUCAUGUUUGGCCCAGACAAGUGUGGCGAGGACUACAAGCUGCACUUCAUCUUCCGCCACCAGAAUCCUCUGAACAAAGACACGGAGGAGAAGCACGCCAAGAGGGCAGAUGUUGACCUCAAGAAGUUCUACUCUGACAAGAAGACUCACCUCUACACUCUGGUCCUGAACCCAGACAACAGCUACGAGAUGUUUAUAGACCAGUCCAGUGUGAGCCGGGGCAACCUGCUGCAUGACGUGGUGCCUCCAGUCAAUCCACCCAAAGAGAUAGAUGACCCCCAUGACUCUAAGCCAGAGGACUGGGAUGAGAGGGCCAAGAUUCCUGACCCUGAGGCUGCCAAGCCCGAUGACUGGGAAGAAGAUGCUCCAGCAAAGAUUGAAGACCCCAACGCUUUGAAGCCAGAGGGCUGGUUGGACGACGAAUUAGAGUUUGUCUCCGACCCCAACGCUGAGAAACCAGAAGACUGGGACGAGGAGAUGGAUGGAGAGUGGGAAGCCCCGCAGAUUCCUAACCCAGCCUGUGAGAUGGCCCCCGGCUGUGGGGUGUGGAAGCAUCCCCAGAUCAACAACCCUCAAUACAAGGGCAAGUGGAAAGCACCUCUGUUGGACAAUCCCAACUAUCAGGGAGUCUGGAAGCCGCAUAAGAUCAAUAACCCAGAAUAUUUUGAGGACCUGCAGCCGUUCAGGAUGACACCUUUCAAGGCUGUGGGCUUGGAGCUGUGGUCCAUGACCGCAGAGAUCUACUUUGACAACUUCAUUAUCACCUCUCACAAGGAGGUGGCUGACCGCUGGGCCUCCGACAGCUGGGGGCUGAAGAAACUGGUGGCCAGCGCUAACGAGCCGGGGAUUUUUGCUCAGCUGAUGAUUGCAGCAGAGGAACGGCCGUGGCUCUGGGUGAUUUACAUACUCACAGUUGGCCUGCCUGUUGGACUGGCUGUGCUCUUCUGUUGGCCAAAGAAAUCAGAUGACGACUAUGUCUACAAGAAGGUGGAUCCUCCUCAGGCUGAUGAAGAGGAGGAUGAAGAGGAGGCGGCAGGAGAUGAAGAAGACAAAGCGGCUGAGGCUGCAGAAGGUGCCCCAGCUGCAGCAACAGUAGGGGCUGAGGAGGAUGAUGCCGAUGCGGAAGGUGACAAUCUAGAUGAGGAGGAGGAGGAGGAAGAAGACGACGACGACGAUGAAGAAGAGGAAGAGGAAGAAGAAGAAGAGGAGGAGGAGGAGGAAGAAGAAGAGGAGGAGGAGGAGGAGGAGGAAGCAGAGGAGAGCAAAGCUCCUGAGAGAACAUUAGAAGUGGAGCCGAAAGAGGGAGGAGAAGUCGCUGAAGAGAGCCACAAACAAGCUGUGAGAAAGAGGAGGGUACGGAAAGACUAAAGAGGUGAACCCCAUGCCGCCUGUCUCCUUUCUCCCCCAAUGAAGAGGAGGUGGAAGGGCCGUCUCAGCUGCUGCUCCGCCCUCUCUGAGCAGAGCAGCAUAUAUUUCCUCCAAACCACCCGGUAGCCUGCAGUCACCCCAGCCGCACCAUCCCUCGGCUACACCCAUCACAGGGCCGCAGUCUCCCAAACCACAUCAUUCAUCCCUCACCUCGUCUAGUCUCUUCCUCCUGCCUGCUCAAUGAACAAUCAGAUGAAUCUAUCCCCUGGAGAUUCUUUGCAUUUAGAUGUUUUUCUUCCUCCAUCCUGAGCUUCUACGCUUUCUUCAUCGUUUAUUCUCUUCUGUCAAAAAAAGCCUGUCACCCUGAAAAGGCCCACCUCUUCCACCACUUUUCCUGUUCACCCCAUCUCUGCUGUCACUCUUCGCUCUGAAUAUAUGCCGUCGUAGUCCGUCUCCUCUGAGAAUAAUGGCGGAGGGCGGUCUCCGCACCAGUUGUUCAAACCAUUUUACAGCAUAUCAUAGGGGCUACAUCUCAGAAGUUAGGCUUUAUCAUUGUGUCCAAGGGCGUAGGUUUGCAUAUGGUCCCCACCAAUAUGUUGUUAAUUUGAAAAAAUAAUUGUUCACAAUAAAUUUGUAAACUCAUUCGUAUUAUUAUCUAUAUUAUGUUCGUCGCCCAGAAGAGUGAAAAAUACAUUUCCACGUUUUCCAAUGUGCCCUCGAGCUGGCCAUGCUGUAAUUUAAUUGGCUGAAGUGUCAGAAACACCGUGAAUCGUAACUUGCAGAAAGAGAGUCACGGUAAGCUACUAAAUACGACAGGAAAUGAUAAAGCCUCAUAUUAGUAUUUUCGUUUGGUUUCAGCAUUGAUAUUGUUGACCCUGUUGUGCUUUGUAGUUAGGAAAAUUACACCAAAAAAGAAAAGAGAUAUCCGAAGAGAUAUCUCCAUCCUUUUGAGAUGCAUUCAGGAAACUCAGAAAUCAGGUUGAGGAAGCAGCAGCUGGACCACCAGGGCUCCAGGUGAGGUCUUACUCAUGGCAUGUUGUUAAGAAUUACCAUUUUCUCAUGCAUUAGCAAGGAAACUGAAGGACUUUUGGGGAAUCUGACUUUAUGUCAGCACUUUUGGAUUGUGAAUUAUGUGAUGUUGAAUAAAAAAACAAGGCUGUUUCAUAAAACCUGAACCUAUUACCUAAAUAUUCUAAAUUGCUUUCAAGAUAAAUACAUAUACCACUCGUAAGGUCUACAUUUAUUCAUUAAGGCAUUAUUUUGAAAUGCAUUCAGGUAACUCAGAAAUCAGGUUGAGAAAGCAGCAGCUGGACCAUCAGGGCUUCACGUGAGGUCUUACAUUGAUUCUGUGUUGAGGUGUAUUAUCAUGGCUGACAGUGUAAACAUUGUCUACCUGUUUUAAGUGACUUAUUAUGUUAAAACAUGCAUGUGCGGACUAGGAUAAGUUCUCUUUGCUCUUUAGGGAACAGUCCAUUUGAGUGACAGUGACCGUCAUGAAGUGAGUGUAGCAGUGUCCUGGACAUGGGGACUGAACCAUACAGCCUGAUCCUUCAGCACAAGAAGUUACGGUUUCAGGCAAAGUGAUAUAGUCAGUAUCUGUGGCUGCAUUACAUUGAAAAAGGUACUUUGUUUUGAGUGUGUAUAACCAUCAAAAAGACCACUUUGGAAAAAAAGAACGACCCAGCCUUCUGCUUUAAAUGGUUUUAGUGUGUCCCACUCCCUACCAAUGCUGAGACCAAACCUAUGCCCUUGAUUGUGUCCUUGUUAUUUUUAAGAACAUGUUCGAGGACACAGUUUGGCAAACGUCCUUCCUUGUUUGAACAGGAGGCAAGGAUGCUAGAAAAGGCUGUUUGAGAUGUCAUUGCAGAGUUGGGACAUUUCAGCUGAUAAAUUGCUUCAACUUAGGUUUAAAGGUUUACCUCUAUGAAAAUGGUUGUUCCGUUUAGAUUUUAGAUAGUUUGUUUGUAAGGAGCAUCAGUUUAUUUUUUAUUUUAAAUAAAUUUAAAAAAUGAGGAUUAUCACAGACAACCCUAUUUAUUGAUUUUGUUUAAGAUUUGUGUUAUGCUUGUAAGAAUAAAGAUUUAAUAUUGCAGUGUU